AUGAGAAGUUCACUACGAAGAUUUUUAAAAAUCGUAUUCUCUUCAAUGAUAUUUAAAAUCGACAUAAAACAACAAAACGAUCAAACAAAUGAAUGCAUAUUAGAUGAAAGAAGAUCGUUUUGCUGCAAAAACGACAUAAAGAACAUGAAAGAUUUUAAAGACAUUUUACUCCAUUCUUCGUUUUGUCUUUCAUUCAACAUUUGA